UAAGAUUACAGAUUUAUCAAUCUUUUCAUACAUCUGUUUAUGUCUUGUGAUUCAGUUAUCUUUUAAAUAUUAUAUUAAUUUAUAAAGUGACCUGAUAUUUAAUAAUAUUAUUUUCGAAGAGCGGUAUAAUAUGACGGUCUGUUAGCUCCAUUAAUCGAUCUUUUGACAAUUGCUCCGAUCACAUGCACCAUAUCAAUGGAUAACAUUAAAAAAUUGGAAGAAUUAGGUGAUGAAUGUGCCAAAAAAGACAAUCACGGAGAAGCUGUUUUACACUAUACACAUGCCAUUAAAUCAAAGCCAAGAGAGUAUCGUUUGUUAGAGAAACGGUGCAAUUCAUUUCAUAAAAUUGGACAAUAUUAUUUCGCGUACGAAGAUGCCAAAGACUUAAUUUUGAUGGCUCCAAAUAACCCAACCGGGUUUCUUAAGAGAGCAACAAUUGAAUUUGAGACUGGAAAUUACAAACAAGCCUUAUCUAAUUUUAGGAAAGCUUAUCAUUUAACCCGAGACUCAUCUAUAAGUGAAAAAAUUCGCCAAUGCAAAGAGAAAGCCAACAAACAAGAAUCAUCUGAUAAACAUUUACCAUGGAUCGGAGCCGCUGUUGGUUUGGUAAUUGGUAUGGCGUUAGUUGUUGCUGAUUACAUGCUUUGGAUGAAUAAAGGUUAUCUCAAGAAUCCGUUGCUUAAAGUUGCUUUAAUUAUUAGCAAUGCUUAUUUGUUUUUCCAUACUCUUAAACGGUAUCGAAACUACAUUUCCUCUUGUCGUUCGAGUUUACUUCAACCACCGCCACUGCUUUUCCCAGAUGAUGGUGAUGAUGAUUGGUUAAAGUCUAAAAAUGAUUAAAGGAAAUUUCGCCAUUCCACGUUUUUUAUGUUUAAUAAGCAAAUUACAUUAGUGAUCUAAUCAUUUACAACUACCUUGUCUAAUAUUGUAAUAAAUAAAAAGCAGAACCGCAAUAUGAUGGCCAUAUAAUCAAGUCAUGAAAAACUUCAAUCGA